CAGUACCUUUGGAGGCAUGCGCGUUUUGUCCCAGUCGCUCUCCGUUCGUGCCGUAAGUCGGUCAGUUGGUCCGUAUAGUCGGGCGCACGAUCGUGCAACGCCAUGUCACUUCGGAAUGAGAAUUACACCGUUGACAUAGGAGAUAUGCGAAUAAAAUAUAAAGAUAAAAACGAAACCUUCACGGAGGACCGCCUAACUAGCAAAGAGCCUAUCGGGCAAUUCAAAGCAUGGUUCGAGGAGGCCUGCAAUGCUCCGCAAAUUAUGGAGCCCAACGCGAUGUUUCUCGCAACAGCAACGAGAGACGGCGUACCGUCCGUGCGCGCAGUGUUGCUGAAAGGCUUCGGCACGGAAGGUUUCAAGUUUUACACGAAUUACGAUAGCAGGAAAGCCCACGAACUAGCAGAAAAUCCACACGUAGCCCUGACUUUUUACUGGGAAUCUCUUAGACGAAGUAUACGUAUCGAAGGCAUCGCGAAGAAAACAUCGGCGGAAGACUCGGAUCGUUAUUUCCAAAGUCGACCGUAUGCGAAUCAGAUUGGGUCUAUGGCCAGCAAGCAAAGCAGUGUAAUAGCUAGCAGACAGACUCUAAUUGUGAAAGAAAGGGAGCUGUUGGCGAAAUUCCCAGAAAAUCAGGUUGAGAGACCCGCCUGUUGGGGCGGUUAUCUCGUUAUACCACAUUCCGUGGAAUUCUGGCAAGGUCAGAGCGAUCGUCUGCACGAUAGAAUUCGUUUCAGACGUCCAAAAACGAAUGAAAAAAUAGACAAUAUUCUCAUACACAAAGGAGAGGCUGGAUGGGUAUACGAGAGACUCUCGCCAUAAAAAAAAAUUACAAAUAUUUUAUUGACGCAAAGAAGAGCAAGAGAAUUAACAAUUUUUGUGUAUAAGAAGAGAAUCACACCGCAGAAGCGGUCACUCUUCUGCAGGUGAUUGCUGCAACAUUCCAAGUCGAUACCUCAUAGUAUUACGAAGACAAUAAUGUUAUACAUCAGAUUUGUGACGUUCUCGAACAUCGAUUUUCCUCGUGAGUUUCAGAAUUUCUCUGUUAACUCCUAAAAUGUGUAUAGUUAUUAUUGUUAAGCCGGUGAUAAGGAAAUAUAUUUAAAAGUUAAAAUAUAUUAGAAGUUUUAAUAAAAGCUUUAAAAACUUUAAAA